AUGUCCGAACCAACAGAACCACCACCUCUAUCAAUCGAGAUCCUGACCGAUCCAAAAGAAAAGAAAGAUGCUCUCAAACUCAUCGCCGAUAGCGUCGCGCAGCAGCGUCAAACAGCAUCACGCGCCAUGAUCUUCCACCCAAUUCCCCUCUCUGUCUUUAUAGCCAUUCUCGCAAUCGCACACUAUGGCGCGGGCAUUGGCAAAGACAUCAGCACUAUGCUAAUCAUCUAUCCCGGUAUCAUACUCACGUAUCUCGUCGCAAUUCGAUAUUUCACCAGUGCGUACAUUCGCAUCGCUGAGGAGACGAAUUGGCUUGACUGGAUGAAGAAGGACGGUGCCGAGGACACCAUCAUCGGGGCGCGGUUUGGCAAGGACAUCAUCGCUGCAGUGGUCCUUCGUCUAGAGAAGAACAACAAGACUGCCUUCAUUCGUGCAUGGACAACGAGAGCGCGGUACAGACGUCGAGGACUUGGUGGGGAUAUGCUACGCGAGAGUGUCAAGAUUGCGAAGCAGAAGUUGGGCAAAGGCUGUACCGUUGAGUUUUCGCAAGACCACGCAAACAGCGAGCUGCCUCUCCAUGAGCUUUUCAAUGCUCCGUUCCUUGCGCGACAAAUGAAAGCGAAGAAGGCGCUCAGUGCAGCACUGAAGGACUGGGAGGAGGGCAAAGAGGGACCUCAAUAG